AUGCUCAUCGGCAUAUGUGGCCCUAUAUGCGCGGGCAAAGCAACCGUAGCAGACUAUCUGAUCAAANAACACAACUUUACCNCCCUCACAAUCAAACGAGAUGACCAGACACCUGCUAUCGAGAAAUCUGCAAAUUUUGCUCACUGGACAUCUGCUGCUCUGGAAUUUCCUACUGCGCUCUUACUCGAUCAAUAUGUUUCUGAGAACUGGCGAGAGAAUUACGUCUUGACUACUAUAUGGAACGAAGCUAUCCUCGACACUUUGGCUAAACGACCUCACUUCAUCCUGCUGAGCAUCGACGCUCCCAUCAGUGUGAGAUGGCAGCGCUUCCGUGAGAGGUGUGCUCAGGAGAACAAAGAACCUCCGGCAUUAGAUGACUUUGUCCUGCGGAAUGAUGAGCACCUGUACGAUCCUCUGUCAAGCCUUGCAGCUCUUUCAUCUAGAGCUCAGAUCAGAAUCUUGAACCCAACCACCACCAUUCCUCAAUUACAGGCUUCGCUCGACGCCUUGAAUCUCCUUGACCCUGCCAGGAUGAGACCGACCUGGGACCAAUAUUUUAUGCAACUCGCUGACCUUGCUGCCCGACGAAGCAACUGCAUGAGGAGACAAGUCGGCUGUGUCCUCGUCCGAGGAAAGCGUGUCAUCAGUACAGGCUAUAAUGGUACUCCGAGAAACGUCACCAACUGCAAUGAAGGCGGUUGUGCUCGUUGCAAUACUAGCAAAGGAGGCGGUACCGGGCUAAGUACAUGCUUGUGCCUUCAUGCCGAGGAGAAUGCCCUUCUCGAAGCAGGUCGAGAGCGUGUUGGUGAUGGUGCUGUACUGUACUGCAAUACGCAAGUCAUACUCUNNUUUCCCAACGCUGUUGCUCGUGCUGACCCUUAUAGUUGUCCUUGUUUGACAUGUAGCGUCAAGAUCGUCCAAGUCGGUAUUACCGAGGUUGUUUUUAGUCAGAGCUACCACAUGGACACCCAGAGCGCAAGGAUAUUCCAGGAAGCAGGCGUUCACCUCCGACAAUAUGCUCCGGUGAGUGCCUUGACAUGUUGCGUAGUUCUUGCACUAACUCCCAACAGCNCACGCGAAGGUCUCGUCAAUCUCUGUGAUCUCGGUAUCGUGGACUCAAAUACAGCAUGA